AUGGUGGCUAAAAAGGGAAGGAAAAUACCGGCAACGACCACGACAACGUCCCGUCCGAGUCCUCCGUGGUUCAUGACUUCUCAGCCGAGCGUUUGGAGCACGGCUAAGCCGACUGUCAGGCCUCCCUCGAGGAUUACGACACCCUCGGCUCAGCAACCGCCGCAGCCACCAGCACCGUCCACCCCGGCGCUCCCGAUAACCACCACUCCAAGUCCCACGUCGACGAGGUCGCCGCUCGAUAUGGAGGUCGAACUGGACCAAGACUUAAUAUCUCCUGCCAAUGUUCCGUCUGCGAAUGCACCGGCCAUGCCUCCGAUCGUUCCUGAGACCACUCAACCCACAACCACGUCGACCUUUGCCCCUUGGAGAACGAGUCGAAGGACCACUGUGCCGAGUACCUUAUACCCGGAGUCGAGCUCGAACGGGCAAUGGUACGACUACGGCAGACAAGUGUGUCCCCCGGUGAUAGCCAGGAACCUGUCGUGGAACACGACCAGGGCGGGCGAUGUCGCUGUCCAGAGUUGUCCAGGCGGUGCAAACGGUUUGGCGCGUUGGAGAUGCCUGGCCAGGGGAGACACCGCCUUCUGGCACAGGGACAGCCCGGAUCUGAGCGAGUGCCGCUCCGUUUGGCUCACCACGCUCGAGAACAGGGUGACGGAAGGCGACGUGAUCCUUGGAAUCAGCCGUGAACUGUCCCAAGUGACCAACAACAGCAGAGGGCUUUACGGUGGCGACAUGAUGAUCACGACGAAGAUCAUCAAGAACAUGGCGGAGAAGAUGGCGCAGGAUAUAAGAACGUAUCAGGACGCGAAUCAGAGGGAGGUGAGCGUGACCGAGCUGCUCCAAGGUGUCGUGAGGACGGGUAGCAACCUGCUGGACAAGGCGCAAAUGGCGUCGUGGAAGGAUCUGAGCCAUCAGGAGCAGAUGAGAGUCGCGACCUCUUUAUUGAUCGGCCUCGAGGAGAACGCGUUUUUGCUCGCCGACACGUUGAUGCACGAGAAAACGAUCACUCACGAGGGAAGGAACAUACUGAUGGAAGUACGCGUGUUGGAUGCACGAAACAUCGGUGACGAUUUAGAGAUAUUCCCGACAGAGGCAGCUCAACAGAGGUGGACAGCCUCGAACGAUCGUGUCGAGUUAACUAGAGGAGCUUUGCUAGAGAACAGCGAGGGUGGCAUUGUCCGUUUGGUCUUCAUGGCCUUUGACAGGCUUGAGGAGAUCUUGCAGCCGCAAGCCGAGGUGUCAUCGUUGGUCAUGAACGACGAGCAGCAACCAUUACCGAAAAGGAACACGACCAGGCUUCUAAAUAGCAAAGUGAUCUCCGCGUCUUUAGGCAAAGGAAGGCAUAUUCAGCUUAACGAGCCUGUCAGGGUCUAUUUCAAGCAUUUAUCUAUAGAGAACGUUACCAAUCCGACUUGUGUAUUCUGGGAUUACAUCUUAAGCGCUUGGUCAGAGGAGGGUUGCGAAAUACGGAAAACCAACGAGACUCACACGGUGUGCGAGUGCAAUCAUCUUACAAAUUUUGCCGUUCUAAUGGACGUUCACGCUGUCAGAUUGGACAUAGCUCACCAGGUCGCGUUGCAAAUCAUCACCUAUAUCGGUUGUAUCAUUUCCGUCGUUUGCCUGGUUCUGGCAAUUCUGACCUUUCAAUUAUUUCGUGGAUUGAAGUCGGACAGGACAACGAUCCACAAGAAUCUCUGCGUGUGCCUGUUGAUCGCGGAAAUUUUAUUCGUUUGCGGAAUCGGGCAAACGAACCAGAGAAUUGUCUGCGGUAUCGUCGCUGGAUUAUUGCAUUUCUUUUUCCUUUGCGCAUUCGCCUGGAUGUUCCUCGAAGGGUUCCAAUUAUACGUGAUGCUGAUCGAGGUGUUCGAAGCGGAAAAAUCAAGGCUGCGCUGGUAUUAUCUGAUCGCCUACGGUGCUCCAUUACUGGUCGUGGCCAUUUCUUGUAUAAUCGAUCCUCUCAGUUACGGAACCGAUCGAUAUUGCUGGUUACGAGCGGACAACUACUUUAUCUUCAGCUUCGUUGGACCAGUGAUACUCGUUAUACUGGCGAACUUGGUAUUUCUUUCGAUGGCGAUUUAUAUGAUGUGCCGACACGCGAACACAACCGUAGCGAUGAAGAGUAAGGAGCACUCGCGAUUGGCCAGCGCAAGUCGAUCGAUUCAUGUUUCUCAAUAUAAUUGCAUAUUCAUCCUUCGUCGUAUCGAUCAUCCUUCGAAAGAUCGUUUCCUUACUUUUACUUUAUUUUUUUUUUUUUUUCUUUUUUUGAAAUUCAUCGCGAACGAGAAACUAACGCGCCGCUCGCACUUGCCUUGGUUCUUCUUGUGCACCGUUAAAAAAAACUUUCGUUCGGGGGGUGGGUUUGCUUCGCCAUUGCAGGUGAGGAAGGAAUACAGGAAGUUCGUGCGCCGCCACUCCUGGUUGCCCAAGUGCCUCAGGUGCUCCAAGACGGUGGCCGGAAGCUCCGGUGGUUCUUCCGGUACCAGCGGCGGCGGUGGUGGCGCAAAUGGCGGCAAGGACUUCGGCUCUCACAACACCUCGUCGAAUCCGUCGGCGCCUACCACAGACAGCUCCGGAUUGUCGCCGCACGCCGCCUCCAAUGUGGGUACAACAACGACCACGUCACCGCCCAACAAUCACAACAACCUGACCGCCGCCUGUAACAAUACGAAUCUUUCGAUAAACGUGAACCUGAACAAUUUGUCGCUGAGGUCGCCGGUCGGGGCACACCAGAUGCACAUGAUGGCACCUAGCAACCACAAUAGGCAUCCCGCUCAGCAAGAACAUUCUUUUAAAUCGUAUUCCCGGGACUCGGGGCACGGCGGGUCCGAGCAGGAAGACUCGCCCAGGACGCACAACACGAUGACCCUGGGCCACUCCGGGCGGAACCGCGGCGCGAGAGGGAUCAACGAGGGGAUGAACGAGAUGAGCGGCAACAGGACGACCGGCGGGGGCGGCGGCGGCAGACGAGCCGCGAUGCCGUACAAGCACAAGUACACGGAGAUCGUGGACGGUCGCGUGAACGGGCCGGGUCAUCACCAGCUGCACGCCCACCACGGCCAACACGUGCACCUGCCGCGGGACCUGGCCAACGAGGACGAGCCCGUUUACGAGGAGAUCGAGCGGGGGGGCGGGGGCGGUGGCGGGGAGAUCCAAGUGUCGGACAUGUCGGACGAGGAUGGGAGAAGGCAGAGCGACAUGAGCAGGCAAUCGUCGAGAAGUUACGGGGAUCACAGGCCGUUGAUCCCGUACUCGCCCGCCACCGACAGAAAUCUAAUGCAUUAUGGGCAAACGUUGACGGAUCGCGGAGGUGGGAACAUCCAUUGCGACGAGUACAGCCCCGCGUUCGAGAGGACACUCAACACUUGUUGGGAGAAGUUGAGAAAGCAGCAAGCAUGGUACGAGAGGGGCGAGUUGCCCCGGCUUCCGGCCAGUUACGGCAUACCGCCUCAGCCGGACCACACGAGAACAGUCGCGGUUCUGGACGGGCACACGGUCGUCUGUCAUCUGCAGCCGCAGACGGACAUGUACACAGGCCGCGGGAUGCCACCCCCUUCGUACAGCGAGUGUUAGGACGCCCCCUAAGGUGCCAGCAUCUUGUCGUCCUCUUCGUCUUCCUUCCGCACGAAGGAUGAUGGAUGGGUGGAUGGAGCAGUUUCUCGCCUCUCGAGACGCCGCCGUUUUCGAUCGUUGGAGAUCGACGGAACGAUCGAUCGUGCGCUUCUGCGGCACAACGUUUGUCAUGGAAGGGGAUCGGAUCUCUCGCGAAAUCUCGCGAUUCCGAGAGGGAUCGCGCGGAUAGAGAAUUGGAGAGGAUGAUCCCUUCUUGAACAACGGCGGUCCGUUCCCGAUACGAAGAAAACGAUCCACGAUACGAUCGACGCGCGUCUCGACCUCUACGUUUCAGCACGGAUGAACGAGAAGAAUUGUGAACGAGUUUCUAGCUCAAACGCGACUCUACGGUUGCCCCGUUGCGUUUCUUAGCCAUAAGCGGGCACGGCCCUUCGCCGGCCGUUCUCGACUCUCCUUUGUUUCUGUUUCCGUUUAUAUAUAUAUAUAUAUUAUUUUUUUUUUUUCUUUUCGAGAAUUUGCGUGCACCCGCGCAAUGUCCACGCCAACGGACGUGUCUGUCGUCUCCGGUUCAAGAAUCGUGCGAGUGUGUGACGAAACGCCGAGGAGUAUCUGUGAAUACGAUAGUGUGAAUUAUUACAGAAAAAAGGAAAAAAGAAAAAAAAAAAAAAGAAGAGAAAGAACAAUCACGAAGAACACAAUCUUGUUGAAGUUAAUUCGAUAAUCGUCGUUGUAACCGUCGAAGAAGCUGUGCUCGGGCUUUGGAAUUGGCUCAUUGACGAAACGACGCGCGGAUACGAUGUCGUGCGAAGAACGAUAAAACGUGACGAGUCCUCUUCUAGGUUUACUUAAGAUUUUGCUUACGGGGAAACGCUUACGGAGCUCGAGGUUUCGAGGAGUGCGGAUUGUCAAUGAAAAUUCGUACGUGAUGAUCGUUCAACGCACGUAAUAAUGUUGGAGAUAAUUAUUUUCCUUCCCUUCUUCAGGAUGUUGUUCUUGUUCGUUAUCGAUCAUUAUCCUCGAAGCCUGUCCCUCGUACGCGUUCACGUAAAAGAUCGAGGUAAUAAAGAUUUCUUCCUCGAUGAUCUCGUCGAUGGCUGGCUACGCUCGUUAACGAAACAAAAAGAAAAAGAAAAAAACGAUUCGAGAAAUAAUAAUGAGACAUAUCGAGAUCGAUGAGAAAGUUUGUGGGCGGGAAAAAAUCGUUCGUUAACGGGUCAUUCGAUCGAUGAGAAUUCGAUUUGGAUCCCCAGCGAAGGGAAUCAACGACGACACGAUAAAGGAAUCUGAUGCCCGUCUGUUUCCUUCGAACGUCUCGACUUUCAUCGAACCGGGGGCCGGGGGAUAGGGGGUGGGAGGAUGAGGGGGAGGGAGAGGGGAGCGUUCGAUGACAUAUCGCGGAAUUGCUGAUCGAUAUCGACCUCGCCAUAGGAAGAAGAAAAGAAAAAAAAAAAAAAACUAAAGUUAAACAUAAAAUAAUCGAUCGACGCUUACUUCGAUUAAUCAUUAUCGCGUUACAUUAGUGAUCGUAUCGUAGAGUUACUUCUAAAGUCGCCAGAUUUAGCUUUUCGUGAAAAUUUCUGCGACACGAUCUGCUUCGGAAGGUAACGAUUUAUUCGUGAGAUAAAAAAAGAAAGAAAGAAAGAAAGAAAGAAAUCUUCGAGUUCCGGAGAUAGAAGAAAAGAAAAGAAAAGAAAAAGAAAGAAAGAAAGAAAGAACAGAAAGGAAUGUCCAUUUUAAACCGAGUAAGAAAGAUUAGUAGUUUAACGUUAACCGCGGUU